AUGCACUUACAAUCCGGUCACCUGGUCUCCCACCAUUCAGAAGAAACAGAACAAUUGCUAGUUGGCUUUGUUUCAUUCGUCAAUUUUCUAUUAUUUUUCUUUCUUUCUUUCUUUCUCUCCCCCAUUAUGUUCUUUCUUUCUUUCUCUCACCCAUUAUGUUCUUCCUUUCUUUCUCUCACCCAUUAUGUUCUUCCUUUCUUUCUCUCACCCAUUAUGUUCUUCCUUUCUUUCUCUCCCCCAUUAUGUUCUUCCUUUUAUUCUCUCCCCCAUUAUGUUCUUCCUUUCUUUCUCUCACCCAUUAUGUUCUUUCAUUCUUUCUCUCUCCCAUUAUGUUCUUCCUUUCUUUCUCUCCCCCCAUUAUGUUCUUCCUUUCUCUUUCUCUCCCCCCCAUUAUGUUCUUCCUUUCUUUCUCUCCCCCCCAUUAUGUUCUUCCUUUCUUUCUCUCACCCAUUAUGUCCUUUCUUUCUUUCUCUCCCCCAUUAUGUUCUUCCUUUCUUUCUCUCCCCCAUUAUGUUCUUCCUUUCUUUCUCUCCCCCAUUAUGUUCUUCCUUUCUUUCUCUCACCCAUUAUGUUCUUCCUUUCUUUCUCUCUCCCAUUAUGUUCUUCCUUUCUUUCUCUCACCCAUUAUGUUCUUCCUUUCUUUUUUUCCUUUCUUUCUUGUCAUACAUUAUGUCCUUUCUUUACUUCUAUAUUUUGUAUAUAAUGUUCUGUUUCUUUUAUUUUAUUUUAAACGUUAUAUUUUUCGUUCUUUUUGUUUUCUUUCUUUCUAUCUUUUUCUCACACAAUAUGUUCUUUCUUUCUUUUUCUUUUAUUCUUUUUGUACAUUAUCUUCUUUCUUUUUUCUUUUCUUUUUUUCUAUUUAAACAUUAUGUUCUUGCUUACUCUUUUUCUUUCUUUCUUUCUUAA